UCCCUUUACGACACUUCCGGAUCAUUCAGUCAACGUUUUGAGUGUUUGGAUUCUUAUCUAUCUUGAGUUAAGCUACUGCUCGAAGAGAUUCCCCUACUAACGGAAUAUGUUAUGCAUAUUUUAACAACAAACACACAGUAAUUCGGUGGAUUAAUGGAUAUGCUGGACAAAAACAAAGUAAAAAAACUGAAGAAAUAUAUCAAAGAUGACAGACCCUGCAAACUAAAAUCUUACGUCAAGAAGUAUAGAAUUUACUUGAAAGAUGUCGAAUUAACAAAAGGAAGAUCACUUCUCCAUUAUUGCUGCCAACAUGGAUCUGGAGGUGUUUUGCGGUAUUUGCUGACGGAGGGCGUGAGUGCUGUUGAGCCAGACAAUGGUGGAGAUCUCCCUCUUCAUGUCAGCCUGAAGCAAGCACUGGACCUUGACUCACAGCAGUCCAGAGAAGCCUACACAGAGAUGGUGCUGCCGCUGUUGGAGACGGUGCCAGAAACCCUGGAGGUGAGGAACCACAGUGGAAUGACCUGUCGCCAGCUGCUGGACCAGUUAGUCAACAGGAACAGACAGGAGGAGGAAGCUCAUGCAAGGACGGUAUCGGAGGAGUGGGAGAAGAAGCUAGGAGAAGAACUGAAUUGGGAAGAAGAGGAGUUUACAGGCAGAUACCACACGGAAUACGAUUAUUACGAGGAGCACACACAGGACUCCUAUGACCAAUGGGCAGAUCAGAUUCAUUCCAACUACAGGUGGAAACACAGACAGAAGACGAGCACCGGCCGUGACGCCCCACCAUCACACACAAAGGCCAGACACAAACAAAAAGCAGCAGAAUCCAAGAAACCGCGUGUCCUAGAUGAAGAAAAGUUACGACAAAUCCGAGAAGAACUGAAAAGGAAAUAUGAAGCAAAUCAAAAAUGUGACGUGGAAAAUCGUAAAAAGAGACGGAAAAAUCUGUAUGAGAAAAACUUUGAGGGUAUACUUAGUAAAGACAAUGAAGAUCAGUUGAGCUUCAAGGAUAUUCCAUGGCCCGGUAGAGGGUCACUGCAUGACUUCACCGAGGUGCUGUUUUGUGAUUUUCCAGACAAAUCAAGUUCGAAAUUUCGGAAAUAUUUGAGGGAUCAGCAGAUUCGAUGGCAUCCGGAUAAAUUCACACAGAAAUUUGGGAAAAGACUUUUAGAUAGUGACAGGGAUAAAAUCAUGGAGAAAGUGAAAGAAAUAUCACAGGCUCUGAACAAGGUGGCUGAAACACUGCCAAAACAAGUCACAUAGUCCCUGAAGAGAUCUGAAGAACAUUCAUCUAUUCUGUGUCUGAUCAAAAAGUGAUUUUGCCAAAUUUGAAGUUGAACUGCUUGAAUUCUGCAAGAUAUAGGCUUCCAUUUUUCACUCAAACUGAGACAAAUGUAAACAGUGAUGAAUAUGUAAUGAUUGAGAUCAGACUCUAUUUUAGAAAUAAAAGACUCCUGGUGGUUGUUUAUCAUUCAAUAAAACACUGUACAAUAAACAACGACCAUGAGUCAAUUAUUUCUUGUAUGAGAUGUCUAAAUUUUGUACACCUCUUUUAAUGUACAAUUUUAAUACUGAUGACUCCCAGAAUAGAAUCCGACCUCGGCUACGUCGGACAAGUCCAUAUUAUGGACAGGUGGGUUAACGUUUGUAUUUCCCGCAUAUUCUCACUAUCCUCAUGUCGACUAUCUGUACCUUUUCUUCCAAUACCAAUUGUCAUAUCUCUCCCACUUUUAGAUGUUUACAUUCGUCCACUUCAUUUAUCUGCGUAGCCCAGCUACAUCUAUGGGGAACAACUUACCAGACACUCCCUCUCAAAUGUGAGCUUUUGGCCACUGCAUUUAUCUGCGUUGCCCAGCUAAAUCUAUAACUCACUAGACACUACCCUCUCAAAAUUAAUGGUGUCCAUCAAGUUGCGAGCACAUGUUCGAAUCUCCAGAAAUGACAUCAUGAUAGAACAAUGUUACAUCGUGAAAUAAACCACGCUUUGUUCUUCAUUGUUCUUUGCGAUUUAUCGUGUAGCUGUCUUAUAUUCAAGAAAUAAAGGACUAGUGGGAGUUGUUUAUCAUACAAUAAAACACUGCAGGGAGAAUAAACCAUGUGGGGUGCUUCCUGCAGUGUUUUAUUGUACAAUAAACAACUACCAUUGAUAUAACAAUGUUUUAUCAUGAAAUAAACCAUACUUCGUUCUUCAUUGUUCUUUGAUAGCUUCACGAUAAAUUGCAAGAACAAUGAAGAAUGAAGUGUGGUUUAUUUCACGGUAAAACAUAGCUCUGUCAUGACAUCAUAUCUCGAGAUUUUGAACUUGAGCUCAAACUUGAUGAGGUCGUAUAGUGGAUGAUUUUAUUUUUAUGAGGGGAAUGUUUUGUGAGUUGUUCUCCAUAGAUGAAGCUGGGCAACACAGAUAAACGCAAUGGCCGAACGAUUGCAUCCAAAAGCUUGGAGAGAUAUGACAAUUUGCAUUGGGAGAACAGGUACAGGUAAUUGACGUGAGGAUUGAGAUAAUAUGCGGGAAAUAUCCACCUGUGAAUAAAUGGACUUUUCCGAUAUUUCUGAGGUCGGAUUUUAUUGAGGGAGUCAAAAGUUUGGUAAAUAUUUUUAAAGUUUGUACAUUUUAUCAUCAUCUCUAAAGAGGCCUCGCAGUCGUUGUUUUAACGUACAAUAAAACACUGCAGGGAGAAUAAACCAUGAGGGGCGCAGCUCCCACUCAUCAUUUAUUUCUCAAAUAUUAAAUAGGUCAUGUAUGUUUGAAAUAAACAAAAUUCAUGUGAUACAGUUAAUGCAAAAAGUC